AUGUCUCAAUUAGUUCUCGUCGCCUCAGCAAUGUCCACUAUGCUUAAGACUCCCGUAAAAACAUAUGAUGAAUGCGUUGCUAAUGGAUAUGAGGUUUUACCUGAACAAAUUUUGGAUAUAAAUACCGUUCAUUCCUUAUUGUUAUUUAGACACGAAACCGGGGAAAGGGAAAGAAACACUGAAUACCGCGAACCUAGUGAAAGCUCCAUACAAAUUUUUGUUAAAACACUUUCAGGAGAAAGUCGGGCAAUGUUCGUCUUCCCAUAUGGCACUGUCCUUAGAUUGAAACAAGAUAUUCAAGCAAUUCUAGGAUAUGACAUCACACAGAUGCGUCUUGAAUUGGCUGGUAGACCAUUAGAAGAUCAUCGAACUCUAGCAUCUUACAAUAUCCAACAUGGCGAUAAUGUGUAUAUUCUAUUUCGAUUAUUAGGAGGAGGGUUUAGUUUUUUUGUUAUCAAUAAAAAUUUUCUAAACAGUAAAUAUGAUUAUGACUUCACGAAUUUGAAAGAUAAAGGUACAACUUUCAUUCGUGGUAAAGUACUAUACAACAGACCUUAUGGAUGGGAAAGAAUAGCACUCAAUGUUUCGGGAAAGUAUGGUUCUGAUGAUAAAUGGUUAGGUUGUGUUGGAAAUAGUUCUGAUGAAUGGCCAGUCUCUUACCAUGGUACUAAUAAAGACUGUGCUGAUUCUAUUGCCGAUAAGGGUUACUUGCUUAGUAAAGGAAAAAGAUUUAAACAUGGGAAAGGAAUUUAUUCAUCUCCUAUAAUUGAAGUGGCUGCAGAUCCAUAUGCUGUUAAAUUUGACCAUAAUGGUGUCAAAUAUAAAAUUGUUUUUCAGAACAGAGUUAACCCUGUGGGGCUAAAAAAGAUCGAUGAUAUUGCAUAUUGGGUUACACCAGAUGAAAAAAAUAUUAGACCUUAUGGGUUAUGCAUAAAAAAAUUCAAUAGUCCAUUGUAUGUUUAUAGGGAUAUAAGUAGCAAAAGCAAUUUUUUUUUAAAAGCUUACAAGAAUGGUCAAAAGUAA